UCCUCCAGCUUCCCUCACUCCUUCCAGCAGGUGGAGAGUGUGGUGGUGGGUGCAGCAGUGGUGUCCCUGUAGGGGCAGCGUCAUGGCCCAGAAUGUCACCUACGCAGAACUCAACCUGGAGCAGAAAGCUCAACCACAUCAGACCAACAGCAGCAAGGAAGCAGGCGCCAUCUAUGCAGAACUGAAGAACACAGCCCCACUCUCACAGUCUUCACAGAUCUCCUCUGACCAUGGAAACCUUUAUCAGGAACUGAAUAUCGAUGAUGGAGGCAGGUCCCACACCAAGCCAGCUCUCCCGAACUCCCAGACCCAGACAGCUGCCAUCAACUCCAACUUCACCAAUCUGACCACCCUGACCUUCAGGACCCCCCAAAUCACCCAGCCCUCCUGGACCAUCCAGACCUCAGACUGCACCCCAGAAGCUACGUCCUUGACCAGCAGGGAAGGAGGCUGGGAGCCCUUUGGGGGAAGCUGCUACCUCAUUGCCAAGGCCUCACAAGACUGUGGUGGCAAACAACCCAAAUGCAAAGAAUGUUCAGACUGUCACCGGGAGAAACAGUGGACCUGGAACUGCAGCCGACGGGAAUGUUCCCGUGACGGGGCUCACCUUGUGACCAUCGACAGCGGACAGGAGCUGGAAUUUCUCCAGAGCAGAUCAAGACCAUCGGGAUGUUAUUACUACAUCGGUCUCAACAAAAUCCAAGACCAGUGGCGAUGGAUCAAUGGCGAGCCUCUGAUAGAGAGCAGGGUGCCGCUGGUCAAUAUCAAUAACACCAAUACUAGUGACUAUCACUGUGCUACGAUUGGCCAUGGUAACGUGUCAACAGCAUCGUGUACUGGUAUAUAUAACUGGAUCUGCGAGAAGGGAGCUGGCGGUCAGAGUUGCCCGAAGUCACAGACUCAAGCCAGGAGAGCUUGAGCUUGAAGAGCCGGGAAAGAGCCAGACAACGGGGCCAGCGGGUCGAUAUUCAUUCAUUCAUUCAAUUAUUUAUUGAGCGCUUACU